AGGCAGCUCCUGAGGUGAGAAUGCCGAGUGGGAGGAUCUCAUUCCAAUCCCCUGUGCCCAGUUUCAACAUACAAACUUAGACAUAUGUGUACUGAACAUCUUGAGUAGUUUGGAGCCAGGCCACAGCAACAUUAGAGAAGAGGAAGCAGAAGAGGCGAUUGUGUGUGUCUGUGUGUGUGUGUGUGUGUGUGUGUGUGUGUGUGUGUGUGUGUGUGCAUGUGUGUGUGCAAUGAGUGUAAAAGCACUCUACUUUUUCUCUUUUUGUGGAGUGAGUGUUGGUGGCUCAGUGUGUAUGUGCGUGAGAAGAGAGAGAGCGGUGUGUCUGUUCUUGGAGGAGACGCUGCUGGGUGUGAUGGCUCUUUUGCAUUAGUACUUGUGCGGACAGGAGAGUUGGAGGCAGUUGUUUUGUGGGACUUAUAGGGAAUGGCAAUCUCCACAGUAUCCUUGGAAACGUUCGACUGAAUGACAAUGGCUGAGGCUAUCUGCUGCACUUUGGUGAAUUGUAACUGUGACAGCUUCAAGCCGGGGAAGCUGAAGAGGAGGCAGUGUGAAAACUGCAAGCAUGGCUGGGUAGCACAUGCCUUGAGCAAGCUGAAGGUGCACCAUAUGUACCAGAGCAGCCAGGUGGAGAUCGUGCACUCCAAUGUGGUGUUCGAUAUAUGCAGCCUGAUGCUGUAUGGCACCCAAGCCAUCCCAAUCCGCCUCAAGAUCCUCCUGGACCGCCUUUUCUCUGUUCUCAAGCAGGAGGAAGUCAUCCAGAUCCUCAAUGCACUUGACUGGACAUUGCAGGACUACAUCCGAGGAUAUGUGCUCCAGGAUGUUGCAGGGAAGGUGCUGGACCGUUGGGCCAUCAUGACAUUCGAGGAAGAAAUUGCUACCCUGCAGCAGUUCCUGCGUUUUGGUGAGACCAAAUCCAUAGUGGAGCUGAUGGCUCUACAAGACAAAGAGGGCCAAGCAGUGUUGGUCCCCAGUACCCGCACCAACUCAGAUAUUCGGACUUUCAUUGAACGCAACACACCUCGAACCACUGCCAAACUGUCUACAUCCAAAGUUGAUAAAAUAACUGGCAACAGCAUGCAUCACUUUGAGAACUUCAUCAACAGUAUGGCCUUCAUGCUGCCAUUUCAGCUGCUCGGCUCUGUUCCUGCCCCAUAUCUGGGCUCACCAGCAGGGGCACUGCAACAGCAGCACCAGCAACACCACCAGCACCAGCAGCCAUGCCGUGGGUCAGUGGAGCUGCAGAGUCAUAGACAUGAUGAUCAAGUUCAGGACAGUUUAGGGAGGGACAAUCCUCUCCCUCUCUCACAUCCUUCAGAGACUACCCUACUAGGUUCCAGCUCUGUGCCAUUUACCGCUGAUCUGAACCAAAGUGGAGACAAGCCAAUAGACAGCCUCUCCACUAACACAAAGAUCGAAGCUGAGGAGUUCUCUACUAGUGAUAACUACUCAGAUGGACCCUCCACACCAUGCACACCCUCAGUGAGCUCUGAUGUAACACCAAUGUCACCUGAAGGCAAGCUUCGUUCCCUUGACAGGAAUGGAAGUGGCCAUGGAGGGGUCUCAGGAGGUGGUGCAGGAGGAGGUUCUCUGAAGAAGGGUCGUGUAUUUUGCAAUGCUUGUGAGAAGACAUUCUAUGAUAAAGGCACUCUAAAAAUCCACUACAAUGCAGUGCACCUGAAGAUUAAGCACAAGUGUACCAUCGAGGGCUGCAACAUGGUUUUCAGCUCACUGCGCAGUCGUAAUCGCCAUAGUGCCAACCCGAACCCACGGCUACAUAUGCCCAUGAACCGAAACAACCGUGACAAAGAUCUGCGGGGGAGCUUGUCUGCUGAUGAGACUUCUCAAGGAGAGAAAAGGCAUGAAUACGGCACCCCCAUUUGCUCUGCAGAAGGCCAUAAAUCUGUGUCCAGCUACAUGGUGAGCCAUGUAGACACUGGAUCAAAACUCCACAGUGGCUCAUUCCCUGGCAUGGGUCAAAGUGGUAUUCUCUUUCCCAAUUUAAAAACAGUACAACCAGUACUGCCUUUCUACCGAAGCCUGGUAUCGCCAGCAGAGCUUGCCAACACCCCAGGGACACUACCUUCCCUUCCUCUGUUGUCCUCUUCUGUACCCGUCAAACCCAUCUCAGCCCCCGAACGCUGCAUGACAGACCCUAUACCAAAGAAAAAGUCUCGUAAGUCAAGUAUGCCAAUAAAGAUAGAGAAGGGGAUGGUAGAGCAAGAUGAGCAAAUGGAUAAGGAAAGCAGCUCUGAAGAUGAUGCUCCGCUGCAUGGCAGGGACAGUAAUGAGUGUGAUGGUAGCCAAGCAGAAAGGCAUAUAUACCUAAGACAAUCUGGGGAGGAGAAAGAGUCAAGAGAGACUUGCACUGGCAAAGAAAAGAAAACGGAUGGUACAAAGCAUCUGUCAGAGCAAACCUUAGACAGAGAAAUGACCAAGAGUGAGGACAAAGAUGACGGGCCAAGACAAACUGAAACCUGUGCAUUAUCCCCUUUUGAAAGCAGGCUGAUGGAGAACCAUUGUGACAACAACUUAUUUUGUCUGGAACCCAAUAGCAAUGAAGAAAGGGAGGAGAGGGAGCACACACAUUUAUUGCAUGUAGCUGACAAGAUCUCAGAGCUCAAAUGGGAUGAGGGUGAACAUAGGCUGACUAAUGGGGGUGCUAUCCAACACAUAGAGAGGGAAGGAUCUGAUAGAUGUGCAGAUGACUAUGGUGACUCAGGGUUGUCUCACCUUGACCCCAACACUGACCUUCCACACUACUGUGAGAUCUGCAGUAAGACCUUUAAAAAUUCUUACAGUGUCAAGAUGCACUACCAAAAUGUCCACUUGAAAGAGACUCACAUGUGCACCGUGGAUGGCUGUAAUGCUGCCUUCCCCUCACGCAGGAGCCGGGACAGGUGAGAGGCCACAAUAUUUUCUUUACGGUCUGAUACAAUUUAUUAGGAUUGCUGAGACUUUAAAAGUGUACUUUUAGAUAGUUUCCAAAUUGGGAAGUGUUUAUAUCUCAAAUCAUGGUAAAAUCAACACAUUUUUUUUGCACUGUUGGCAUCUUGCACUUUCACAGUUACAUUUAUUCUACAAGCCACUUGCUGCUGUUGUAUAUAGUUUAUUGUUUAGUAAUACUGUAUUUAUUCAUUGUCAUUCUUCAUUCUUGUAUAUAUUAUUAUUAUUAUUAUUAUUAUUAUUAUUAUUACUACUAUACAUAUGUUUAGUGCUGCUGUGACAGAUGUUGCUGCUGUAACAAUGGAAAUUUUCCCUGACGUGGGGAGCAACAAAGGAUAAUCAUAUCCAAAAUAUAAGGUAUUGCUGUUGGACACAUCCAGCUGGCAAUUAAAUAAGGGUUUCAUGGUAGACUUUCAGAUUAAUGUUUUUUAAUUAUGUACCAAGCUCAAAAAAAUACGUUCUGUAUUUAUGUAACUGCAAUAAAAUUUCAUUUUCCCAUGCCUGCAUGGAAUUUGUGCAGACUCCGUGCUAAAAAGGAAAAAUAUGAGCAGUAUGUCUGACCCAUUGUAACACAUACAUAGAUAUAGUAGAUAUUUAGAUAUUUUAAAAGUUGCCCUUAUAGAUGUUGAAUUGAUUGGGUUUUGAUACAAAGGACUGGCAAAGUAUUCUUUUUCUUUAUUUGAUCUUUACACUUGCUCUGUUAGCACCAAUUGUUGUAAAAAAAAAAAAAGUGGAAUAUAGCUGACAGAUAUAUAUAAAAAAAAUACAGAAUUAAGUAGAGUAAGAGAGAUUACUGCACCUUUCUUUUACUCUGACAUUUAAGAAUGAAGGGAACAUUUCAAAAUUAAAACUUAGCAACAAAAACAUACCUUAUUGUGGUGCUUUAAGGUGUUUAUAUCUUUGUUUAUUUGCAGGCACAGUGCAAAUUUGAAUCUACACCACAAGCUGCUGACCAAAGAUUCAUUCACCACAGCUAACCCCGCCUACUCGCCUCACUGUAGAGACAGAGACUCUGUUGUCCUGGACAACUAUC